CAGCGCGGUGGGGGGACAAAGGCUUGGUGCAGCUGCAGGAGAAACAGAAAGCAGCAGGGAAUCGCUGCUACUUGAGAUACAACCCAAACCAGUUUCAAAGCCAACACGGAUCGCCCACCCCAACUGAGGUAAAGGCCAAGUAGACCGUAACGCUACACGAUUUCUGGUAAAUUCAUCCCGACACACAGCACUGACGGUGUGAUUUCACGCCCGUUAAAAAAAGGCAGGACCACAAGGGUUGGGAAUAAAUGCGACCCGCCUCUCCUCAGCUGCAAGGCCAUGGCUGCUGCCCCCCACCUCAACUCGGACGCGCUCCGCGAGGUCUUGGAGUGCCCCAUCUGCAUGGAGUGCUUCACGGAAGACCAGCUCCGCCCGAAGCUCUUGCACUGCGGGCACACCAUCUGCAAGCAGUGCUCCGAGAAGCUCCUGGCCAACAGCAUCAACGGCAUCCGCUGUCCCUUCUGUAGCAAAGUCACGAGGAUCACCAACAUGGCCCAGCUGACGGACAACCUGACGGUGCUGAAAAUCAUCGACACGGCCGGGCUCAGCGAGGCGGUGGGCCUCCUCAUGUGCAAGGCUUGUGGCCACCGGCUUCCCAAGCAGUUUUGCCAGAGCUGCGGCCUGGUCUUGUGCGAGCCGUGCAAGGAAGCCAAGCACCUGCAGCUGGGGCACGCCGUGGUGGCCAUCAAAGAGGCCGCGGACGAGCGGAGGAGGGAGUUUGGGGCCAGGCUGGGGCGCCUGCGAGAGCUGAUGGGGGACCUUCAGAAGAGGAAGACCUCUCUGGAAGGCGUGUCGAAGGACCUCCAAACCCGAUACAAAGCGGUCCUGCACGAGUACGGCAAAGAAGAGCGCAAGGUCCAGGACGAGUUGUCCAGGUCCCGCAAGUUCUUCACCAGCUCCCUCUCCGAGGUCGAGAAGGUCAACAGUCAGGUCAUGGAGGAGCAGGCGUACCUGCUGAACAUCGCCGAGGUGCAGAUCGUGUCGCGGUGCGACUACUUCCUGGCCAAAAUCAAGCAGGGGGACGUCGCCCUCUUGGAGGAGGAGGGCGACGAGGAGGAGCCCGAGCUGAUGAACAGCCUCCCCAAAGAGCUGACCCUGCAAGAGGUGGAGCUGCUCAAGGUGGGCCACGUCGGGCCGCUGCAGAUUGGCCAAGUGGUCAAGAAACCUCGCAGCAUCAACGUGGAGGAGUCGCUGGCGGAGAUGGCCACCUCGGUGCCCUUCAGGGCGGCGGCGGCCGAGGAAGAGGCCAGCUCCGUGCCCAACUGCUCUUCGCCUGCCAAGCCGAGGAUGCCAGAAGCGGCCGCCAGCAUCCAGCAGUGCCACUUCCUCAAGAAGAUGGGCUCCAAAGGCAGCACGCCGGGGACGUUCAACCUCCCCGUCAGCCUGCAUGUCACCCCUCAGGGCGAGGUGCUGGUGGCGGACCGCGGCAACUUCCGGAUCCAAGUCUUCACCCGCAAGGGCUUCCUGAAGGAGAUCCGCCGGAGCCCCAGCGGCAUCGACAGCUUCGUGCUGAGCUUCCUCGGGGCGGACCUGCCCAACUUGACGCCCUUGUCGGUCACCAUGAACUGCCACGGGCUGAUUGGAGUGACCGACAGCUACGACAACUCGGUGAAGGUGUACACCCUCGACGGCCACUGCGUGGCCUGCCACAGGAGCCAGCUGAGCAAGCCGUGGGGCAUCGCCGCCCUGCCGUCGGGGCAGUUUGUCGUGACCGACGUGGAAGGAGGAAAGCUCUGGUGCUUCACGGUGGACCGUGGCGUCGGGGUGGUGAAGUACAGCUGCUUGUGCAGCGCGGUGCGCCCCAAGUUCGUCACGUGCGACACGGAAGGGACGAUCUACUUCACCCAGGGGCUGGGCUUGAACCUCGAAAACCGCCAACACGAGCACCACUUGGAAGGGGGCUUUUCCAUCGGCUCCGUCGGCCCCGACGGGCAGCUGGGCCGACAAAUCAGCCACUUCUUCUCGGAGAACGAGGACUUCAGGUGUAUCGCGGGGAUGUGCGUGGACUCCCGGGGCGACCUGAUCGUUGCCGACAGUAGCCGGAAAGAAAUCCUACAUUUUCCCAAGGGGGGCGGCUAUAACAUCUUAAUCCGAGAGGGACUCACGUGCCCCGUGGGCAUAGCCAUCACGCCCAAGGGACAGCUCUUGGUCUUGGACUGCUGGGAUCACUGCAUCAAGAUCUACAGUUACCACCUGAGGAGGUACUCCACGCCUUAGAGGGGGAAAAGACCUCCCUCUUUUUGGGGCUAGGUUUUCCCCCCAUCCAAAGCGAGGCGACGGACGUUGGUGCCCUACAUUUCGAGGAGACUGUGCCACCAUCUUGUUCGAACUGUUGCAGCUUGUGUGAGUGUGUGUGUGUGUGUGUGUGUAUUUGGAAGAACGAUAUGCUGUGUGUGUGUCUGUCUGCAUUUUUUUUUUAAAUACAAGUAUAUCUCAUGAAUGCUGUCUUAAAGAGAGAGCCGGGGGGCGUUGUGUGAAUGCAGACUUGUAUUUAAAGGUGAUCAGGAAUUCUAUGCAGGCGAUUGCAUAGGUUGACCUCUUCUCUGUAUUCCGAAACAGAGGAAGAAAGAAAUACGAGAGGAGAGAAAGACCUCCCUUCUCUACUCCAGCAGGCUAGUAACUUUUAUGGGCUUAUUUGACUGUUCACCCUCCUGCCCUAUGCCCCAAGGUCUACAUUGAGCCUUCACCAAUGCAUGUUUACAGUGCUCUGACACCCUUUCACUGCAGUAGCUGGUAGAACCGUCCCGCUCUUGAACCCUUUAAAAUGUCCAAUUGUAUUGUUGUAGCUACCCCAUCACAGGAAAACCUCACCGCUGCAGCGGAAAAGUGAAUUCCACCCCCUCCGUAGGACUCCGGUUUUUUUUCUUCUUCUUAUGGUGCCAAUAGAGACUUAAUGCUUGUGCGUGUGCGUGUGCGUGUGUGUGUGAGAGAGAGAGAGGGGGGUCGUACUUUGUUCAAUGUGAAGUAGGUCUAGUUGUUUCAAAGACUCAGAAGAAGCGAAGAACUCUCUCUCCCGGGAUUCCUGCAUUAAGGAACAUUUGUCUGAAGAGGCAACGAAAGGGUUCCAGGGUGGCGGGGUGUGAAUUGAUUGGGCUUCUGUUUUGUUAUUCAUCACUCUGUGUUGUCUCUUGCUUGGAAAAUGCCUAGGAAGGUCAUGUUUCUUGUUGACAUUUUGUCAAGGGAAGGAGAAAUGGGAGUAAACAAGAUGAAACGUAACAAA